AUGGCUUCCUAUAAAUCACAUUUCAGCUCUCCAAGGAGGGUGGAGGAACAGACGCUGUACGCCCACCGCGCUCCCACAACUCGAUUACCGCAGAGAUCUGUCACUCCAACCUCGACCGGCACUUCACAAUUGCCCGCGCCGGCCCACUCGAAAUUACAGAAGAGGAAGCCGACCCGAGAUGAGCAGGCGCAGUCGGGCAAAGGGAUUACUACUCAACGAGUGCCUGUGUCGAAGACAUCGGUGGCCGUGAAGCCGCGCCAAGGAGGCAACACUCCUCCUGUACCUACAUCCCAUUUAUCCCCAAACAUAGCAGCCCCUAAGACAACACGACAGGUUUCAUCAUCCCGUCUACCUAAACUAGAAGUCGCUGGAAGUACACGCACCCCUUCACUCGUAUCAGGGUCGUCCGUGUCAACCAUUGAUAGCCCACGGUCGAACCUCCUAAGAAGAAAACCUUCGAGCAUCGGCGUUGCAGUUGGAGGACAACAUUCGGGAACAAGGGGUGGAUCGAUGUCGUCGCAAGAAGAAGGGCAGCCGGUGAAGGCUAUACCAGGUGGAUACAGGGACCCAUUCUCUGAGACGGUGCUGGGGAUAUCUCUUCCGCCAUCUUCAAAUAUUCUCGCUCGAGCCGAGGAUGAAAUCGAGGUUCCAGAGCACCGGUAUUACGAAUAUGAUGUGGCUCCUCCAGAUAUUUUGCCACUUCCAACACCGCAGUAUGCGCUUUCUACCACUCCUUCUACUCGGUAUUCGGAAUCCCCAGGACCCUUCAGUGUUUCUUCAACUCCUACAUCUAUGUCUUCAUAUUCUCCAGGUGUCGCAUUAUCGAAGACUUCUACUCGAAUCCGGCAAGCAAGCCCGCUGCAGAGCCGGCCCCCUGUAACAAGGAACAGACCGCAAGACGAGCCGAGCAUCCGACAACAACAUGCUCUUUCUUCAGUCCGGGAAUCAUCGACAUCUUCAUCAUCAGCCUCCACAAUUCUCGCAGAGGGAGCAAGACAGCGAGAGAAACUACCACCAGUCCGCCUGCCUGCACCCCCACCAAGUCCGCCACCCAAACCAUCUCCAAUGCGCUCGGCGCCAUCUCUCCCACAAGUAGAAAAAUCUCGCCCAAAUCUGCCGAAUGGACAUCGACCAACCCUGCCAGCACAACGAAAGCCUCACGUCCAAGCGCCUCCUGAGCUAGCCCAUCUCGCCGAUCACACAGCGACAUCGUCGCCAGAUCCCAGAAGACCGAUUCGACCUAGCAGAGAAGGGACAUCUGAAAUUGCUGGACUUCGGGGGCCAUCUCCUGUCAUUCAAAGUAACAUGACAAGCUUCCCCCCCUCCCACAGACGAACAAGCUCAACAGAGUCGAACUCAAGUAUGCUGCCCGGCAAAACUCGGUUUGGAAUUCCGACAAAGAGUUCCUCCCGAAAUCCCUCACCGAACCCUAGUCUUGGAUCAGGGUUCAUCCCAGUAUCUCGGUUACCUACUCGCGGGCCUACCCCAGACGUUCAGAGUGAUGUCGAGAAGAAACGCUCAAAGACGCUUCCAAACCCUACACCCAGUCCAAGCAAGUCCUCUCGCUUCGGUUUCUUCACUCGACGUUCGAAGACAGAACCAACUCCAUCAGACCUAAAUGCCGAAAAGAAGCUGCACAGGCGAGGUCCGGUUGCUGGAACCGGCCAUGAGGGAUAUGGCAAAUAUUCGGUGAGGGGCAGGAGCGGAAGCACAGUAAGUGCAGGCAGUAUUGGUCGGUCUGCGAGUGCUGGCACUACCACCGAAAGUCUAAACCGCACGCCGUCCAGCCGGAAAAGCAGCAUGACCAGCACAACCAGUGCAGAAAUGGACGAUUUCUUCCUUGACAGGCUCACACCUGUGGUAAUCCGUGGAACUGGAAGUAGCACCGAACUCUCAAGGAGCCCAGAGCCGGUGCACAGUGGCAGCGGUCUUGAUCUAGGCAACCCGCCACCCGUGCUAAAAAAAAAUGCAAGCAAUGCAAUGCGCUCUGGCCUGGAGCAAAAUCGACCAACACUUCUGCCUUCUGCCAUGUCCGAUCCUGUACGUGCUUUAUCUCCGACGAAGAAAGCGAUGCGAUCACGGCGGCCAUCAGACAGCGAUAGUGAUGCGAAGAGGUCCUUCCUACCGUCUCUUGCAACCAGGCGGGCUUCUCGUGCAUCAAAGAUGAUAGAAGGAGCGCCAUUAUCCAAGGUGUCGUCGUCUAGCAGCACUACAGGAAAGGCACGAAAGGGCUCAGUCCAGGACGAGUAUGCAUCGGAUGGCAGAGAAAGCAAAUGGCUUAAAUCAAAAAGGACGGGAAAAGUGGACAAGUUGGAUAAGUCGGAUAAGGUCACUGUAAAGCCAGCCCGAAAAUGGAACUUCUUCCAGCGAGCGCACGCUACGCCACGAAUCCAGUCUCCGCGCCCAAACCCAGUUGUCGAAGUGUCCACCAGCGCUUCGAGAGUGCCUGCUUCACGAUCCGUAGCACACUAUGCUCUCAUGGACUCUCAGUCAGCUAUCGAUCUUGAAGAUAUAGAACAGCUCAUGCAGGAAGCAGAUAGCGCUCCCGAGGACCCCACUCCACCCGAGGAAAUCACAGCCCCCGUCGCCACGUCGGACGGGAAAGAGCGACUGCAGUCAAUGCUCCUACCCCCGUUGCCUGUCUUCUCGGCUGACUUUGCGGCACCGGCCCGUCCCGCGUCCCCGAAAGUCUUCCUACGGCCCGAGCGGCAGUGGCAGCACAACCUCACCCUCGAUACAAAUCUACAGUCCUCUUCUCACCCACCCGUACCGCCUUCGCAGCCAGAUCUCACCCCGGUCACCGAUCUCUCUCCAUCCUCAUCGCCCUUCAGGCCGCUGUCACCUGUCGAAGCUGCAGGAGCAUAUGUUCCCCAACCUCCCCCCGUAUUUCAUGGACCGCCAACAAUUCCUCCUCCCCGGCCGAGCCGGCUUCUACAAGUGGGUCGCAUUCCUCAAGUCAUCUCUACCAGGCGGAACCAGGAACGGCGGCCUCCAUCGCAGUCUUUUUCCCGUCCCUUUGUCUCGGACCAACCUCGCCCGCAUGUGCCUCCUCGCACCUCGUUCGACUCAGCCACUCCUUUGCUCGCUACGGCUAGUCUAGUUGAAUCUUAUCCGGUGCUUCACGGUCUCGAUGCUCUUUCCCAUUCAUCAGCAAUUGCUACCAUGAGCCCGAGCGCCGAAGAGUCGAAUAGGCAAAGCGAGUUCUUCAAGUUUCCCCCUCGCAAAGACUCGGAGGUGUCCUACUCGAGUAGCUCGGGUAUCUGGAGUUUCCCUCCAACUUCUGGCACCGCCGUGAUUCCUGGCCCCAGUGUUCCCCAGUCUGAGGAUGAAGUCUGGAAGGAAUACGAUGAUCUCAUCGACGAGGUGCUCUCCCCUGUUGAGCUCCUGAACCCACCUGCUUCGGGGCCUCACGAAGGUCAGGACCAGGCUGUCGAUCGACGACCAUCCCUCGAGCCACUACCUUUAAAGACUAAGGCUUCACAUGCGUCCACUCAAUCUGGCGCAUCAAAUCCUUCGCUUCAUCUUCGCCGGUCUCGCCUUCUCUCCGUUCUUCACUCUGCUCAAACACCCACAUCUCCCUGUUCCCUAUCCGAUUUCCUUCAAGGUUAUGGAGAGAGAAACUUGAGUGUUAUCGAUCCCGUAACAGGCCGCCUCAGCUUUCCGUCGACUGCCCGCAUGUCAACUGGAUCGGCACCCCAAAAACGCUCAGGUUCAACGCGCUCCAGCUUGCCUGCGUCUCUCAAAACCGUGAGCGCACGCCAAUCUAAGGCCACACUUAAAUCGAAUUCCGACAAAGAUCGGGAGAGUAGCACGGCAAACCGGUACAGGGAUACGCGGUUGAUGGAAAUUGCUGAGAGUCAAACGGAUGGGGUUGUAUCCAUGGCUAAUCUUCGAUUCGGCGCCCUAAUGACUAGCAAGUGGCUCAGCUUUGGCCGAGUACUCUUCAGCCCCGUCCAUUUCGAACUCAAAGACCCAAGCGAAGACCGCGUCCUCGUUAUUGAUGGUCUCGGCAAGGACUGGUCAUAUUACUGUGCACUUACCUAUCCAGAAGCGACUAUCUACAACCUCGGAGGUGGACCCUCAUCUACCACAUCGAGCGGUGGUCCGGCCGAGCCAUGGUCGACUCUCCGUAAUCAUCGCCACAUUUCUCACGAGUCUCUUGCUUCACCCUUCCCAUUCCCAAGUGGCUUCUUUGCUUGCGCUGUCCUUCGCUUCCCCCCCGCACUUCCUUCGUCAGUACAUCGCUCCAUUCUCUCAGAAUGCAAGCGCGUGUUGCGGCCUGGUGGCUUUCUCGAAAUGAGUGUCCUCGAUCUCGACCUUGUAAACAUGGGCAAUCGAGCUCGACGCGCAGUACGCAGCUUGAAAGUUAAAAUGCAGGUCGCAGACGAGCACAUCUCGCUCCGCAAUAUCAGCGACGAAAUCAUGGCUGGUCUUGGACGAAGAGGGUUUACGGAAUGCAACAGAUGCUUCGUCGGUGUGCCCGUUGCUGGGAGACUGCCCAGCCCUGACGAGAGCGAGGCCUCAUCCAGCAAGAAGAGGAAAGGCAGCACAUCUAGCAUCAUCCAUGGUCCAAAGGGUACUCCAACUCAGGCCGCAAAAGCACCCAAAGCAGAAGUGUCUUUUUCCGAUCUACUUACUACAAGGUCAUCCUCUGACUCCUCUAUCGACGAUAGCAUCACCGAGAUGGUAGCGCGUGUUGGUCGCUGGUGGUACUCCCGUUGCUACGAAUCACUGGUCCUCCCCGAAGCCGGUGAACCAGAUGCUGCCAACUCCGGCACUCUACUUGAGAGUAGCAUCUGGAGAGACGAGAGCCUGAUCAAAGAGUGCGAGAAGCGAGGCACUAGUUUUCGACUACUAAUUGGGUACGCACAAAAGCCCGAAGUGGGUGUUCGACGCACCUCCUGGAGGCUACUUUGGAAACAUAUACCUUUUAUAAUCUGGUUUUCCGAAUUUCUUUACAAGUCUCUGGUGGGAUCUGCUGCGUUCAAGCGUUUCAUGCUCCUUAUUCAUUUUCUAUCAUCCCUACUCUCGUUUUCUUGCAUAGCGUGGCGAAACUCAUCACUACACAGAUGGAAUGGCGCGAGCCGAUACAAAGCAUCAUCAGAUGUACUAUGUAAUACUCUUCUAUCGAUUAAGGGGAAUCGGGUUGCGACAUGCUGGUGGAUUGAUGGUAAUACCCCGUUGGGUGGAACGAAGAUGGGUGCUAUGAGGAUAUACGAGAUGAACACUUUCAACACGCGCAUCCUCCAGUCGAAAUCGCUUCGAAACACGGACCCGAUCACUUCGUCAGCUGAAAUCUCACCUCUCGCUUAUCUGUUUUUAGUACCCGCAUGCUUAGCUACUUUUGAUAACAUUCUUUGUUUGAAAGGAGCAUCUAUUCGUUACUUUUGCCGUCUCUUGAGACCUGGUUUGAUUUAUUAUGAUGAGGUAGGACCAGCCCAGUUGCUGCAAUUGGGAUUGCGGGCUAACUAUUUGGAGCUGAAGAAGGGAGUUUUGGGGAUGGCUUCUAAACUUAGAGCACGAUUAGAGGAAAAUAGAUUCAAUUGCUUCGUCGCUGGGGGGGAUUCCGUUGCCUUACGCUUCAUGUCGAGUGGGCUGUUUGCGAACAUCGAAACGACGAACUGUCGAUCUGGACUUCAGGGCAGAAGUGAUUUAGUCAGACUUCUCCUGAAGAAACCUAAACCCGUCGCUAAAGUCAAGAACGUCGACUAG